AUGCCAGGCCCCUCCAGGAGAAGCAGGACAGGCGCGUCUAAAAGAGAUAUCCACAGAGCAUCGAGAACCAAAGCCCGCACUAAGGAUCUCGACCAGGUCCAGCUACAAGAUUUGCUGCCUGAGAAUAAAGCAAAAUUGGAGAACCAGCCUCUGGACGAAAGUUUGCCUGGAUUAGGACAGCACUACUGCGUUGAAUGCGCUAGAUACUUUGAAUCUGACGUCUCUCUGUCCGCGCACCAAAAGACAAAAGUUCACAGAAGACGUCUCAAGAAUCUCAAGGAACCUGCUUACACCCAGGCUGAGGCAGACGCUGCUGUCGGUUUGGGCGUCGAUAAAACUCAACGAAACUCAACUAAGCCACAGUCGAUUGAAGUUGAUCACAAUUAG